UUCCGGAAGAAGAGGGCUUGAAGCGAGGUGGAGAUGAGAAAUCAUCAUCCGUAGUUGGUUCAGCCUGAUGCUACCUGUCGACGAAUAUUAUUAGAUGAACAGUCGACAUUUGUAAUUGUUUUACCUUUGUUAGGCGGCGCCAUGACCCUCUGACGCUCAAGAAUGGACAUAAGUUAACAAUGACGGGGGAGAAAAAGAAGAAGAAGCGGCUGAACCGCAGCAUUCUUCUGGCCAAGAAAAUUAUAAUAAAAGAUGGAGGAAGUCCUCAGGGAAUCGGUGAGCCCAGUGUUUACCAUGCCGUGGUGGUCAUCUUCCUGGAGUUUUUUGCGUGGGGUCUGCUCACCACCCCCAUGCUCACGGUAUUGCACCAGACGUUCCCCCAUCAUACGUUCCUGAUGAAUGGCCUCAUCCAUGGCGUCAAGGGUCUCCUGUCAUUUCUCAGCGCCCCCCUCAUCGGAGCCUUGUCGGACGUAUGGGGGCGCAAGUCCUUCCUGCUGCUAACGGUCUUCUUCACAUGCGCGCCCAUUCCGCUGAUGAAGAUCAGCCCGUGGUGGUACUUUGCCGUCAUCUCCAUGUCGGGCGUGUUCGCCGUCACGUUCUCUGUCAUUUUUGCGUACGUGGCCGACAUCACGCAGGAGCACGAGAGGAGCACGGCUUACGGUUUGGUGUCGGCCACCUUUGCCGCCAGCCUGGUCACCAGCCCGGCCAUCGGGGCCUACCUGUCGGAGGCCUACGGCGACACCUUGGUGGUGAUCCUGGCUACCGCCAUCGCGCUGCUGGACAUCUGCUUCAUCCUGGUGGCCGUGCCCGAGUCCCUGCCCGAGAAGAUGAGGCCGGCGUCGUGGGGAGCGCCCAUUUCCUGGGAACAAGCCGAUCCUUUCGCCUCUCUACGCAAAGUGGGCCAGGACUCCACGGUGCUGCUCAUCUGUAUCACAGUCUUUCUCUCCUACCUACCCGAGGCGGGCCAGUACUCCAGCUUCUUCCUGUACCUCAGACAGGUCAUCGGCUUUUCAUCAGCGACGGUGGCCGCCUUUAUCGCUGUGGUGGGGAUCCUCUCCAUAUUGGCUCAGACGGUGGUUCUGGGUGUCCUGAUGCGUUCCAUCGGGAAUAAGAACACCAUCCUCUUAGGCCUGGGCUUCCAGAUCCUCCAGCUGGCCUGGUACGGCUUCGGCUCGCAGCCCUGGAUGAUGUGGGCCGCCGGAGCCGUGGCGGCCAUGUCCAGCAUCACAUUCCCGGCCAUCAGCGCCAUUGUGUCCCGCAACGCCGAUCCCGACCAACAAGGUGUGGUCCAGGGCAUGAUCACGGGCAUCCGAGGUCUCUGUAACGGUUUGGGCCCGGCGCUCUACGGCUUUGUCUUCUACCUUUUCCACGUGGAGCUGACCGACGCGGACGGCUCGGAGAAAGGCGGCAAAUCCAACAUGUCCAAUCCGACAGACGAGAGCGCCAUCAUCCCCGGACCCCCUUUCCUCUUCGGCGCCUGCUCGGUGCUGCUCUCCCUGCUGGUGGCGCUCUUCAUCCCCGAGCACACGGGGCCCGGCGCGCGGCCCGGCGCCUACAAGAAGCACAGCAACGGGGCGCAGAGCCACUCCCACAGCCCGCAGGGCAGCGGCGCCGAGGGCAAGCAGCCGCUGCUGGAGGACAGCAGCGUAUAACCUCCGCAGCCUGGGGGUGGCGGCGGGGGCACCCCCCCCACCCUCCACCCUAACGAUACACUUUCAUAUAAGACUUGUUUUCGUGCAGCACAAGCAGGACUGUUGAAGAAGAAGAAGGCGUGUCCACUUUCUCUUGUUUGGGCCGUCGCUGGGCCACGCCCCCUCCUGGAAAACUCCUUUUGUGGCGGAAACCCAAAAAGCAGACCACUUAUCAGCAUUGAGAUUUAACCCCCCCCCCUUUUUUUUUUUGCUUUCUCCAUCCCACCAAUCACAAUCAACCGUUGCCUUGGAAGCGAUCCGAUAUGGAAGUAGGAGCGCAGAACGCCACAUAUCCACGCAUAUCACGCAACCUGCAUGACGGCCUCUGUAGUCUGGCGCCGUCGCUCCCCAAUCUCCCCCCCCUCCCCCCGUGUUGUCCUAAUGACGGCGUGUCGCCAUGGUGAUUGAUGUUUGCGGCGGAAGAAUGAAUGAAGUGGAUCCUGUGGUGCUAAAAAAAGCUGCGGCUAUACGCUACAGUGCUAUACUGUCAUAUCAAGUACAGCUGCACUGGUCGCCCUCCGACCCCCACCUCCGACCCCCCCCCCACACACACACACAUCUUGGACGUCUCAAGUGCAUUUCAGUGUACACACGGUUAGCCACGUUAGCCAACAUCACUGUAAAAACACAUCUGUGCCAAUGUAGUAUUUCUUUUAUGUGUUUCCAGUCUUUUUGUCUCCAUCUCUUGGUUUGCAGAUUGAAUGCUGUCUUUUUUUUUAUAUAUAUAUCUAUAUAUAUUUCUAUAUAAAUAUGUAUAGCCAUUUUUUUUUUUUUAAUCAUCUUUUCUUUUAAAGAACGCCCACGUCCAUCCCCUUUCACACACAACAAGCAUUUCACUCUCCGCCGGCACCUAAAGUUUUUUUUUUGCUUUCCUUCAGUAUCACUUUGUCAUGUUGAUGACAAACAGGACCAAACCUGUGACAAGCCCCGCCCCGCCCCCCCCCCCCCUCUGGGGUUCCACCCGUGUUUUCUGAUGACGAUUGCACAGGUCAUGGUGGAUGUCAAACAAGAAGUGGGGGAGGGCGAGGGGCGGCACCUCUUGUUUAGUUGUUUUCAUUAGGACCAUAUAAUUUGUGGCCUGGGACCCCUGACCCCCCGACCCCCCCAUUCCUCUUUCUCUCUGUGUGCCUAAAAAUUUAGCCAAGAAAUGAGAAUGGCAUGGUUAAGUCAAGGUGGUUAUUAUGUAAAUAUGGGAAACUAAUGAAGCUAUUUAUUAAAGGUUUAUUGUAAAAUUACAUUUGCAUUUUUAUUUAUUUUAUGUCUAUUUUUAGCUAACUUAUAUUAACUUGGUUUUUUGUGCUAGAAUGCACAGAGAAGGGAAAGAAAUGUGUUCAAGUUUCACAUAAAGAUUGCGAAACCCCCCCCCCCCCCAAAAAAGCGCAGUUCCCUUUUACAAACAUAUUAUUUCUACCAAAAGACACAUUUUAAAAAAAUAAAUUGUUGUCAUGGAAACAGCACAGCAAGGUAUCGGACCCAAAUCCAGCCAUACGGGGGCCACAUCACGUGUAUUGCUACCUCGCUCCUGAUUGGUUGGUUUCUUCCACUCAUGCUGUGUGUGUGUGUGUGUGUUUAAUAAUGUGAUGAUGUAAGCAAGAGGAGCAGCAGGUGGUAACCUUGGCUAGCGAGGAUAAUCAUAAUAAUAUUAGCCUGAUUCAUAAUAAGAGUCUUAUGUAAUCUGCGGGGCCUCCACUCCGGAGCUUGCUCACCUCACCUGAACCCACAACAGGUAAACUGAUCCUGAAUAAAAAAUGAUCCUUUAGAAUAAAUAAUUGCUAAAAACAAUUAAAAAAAAAAGACGAAAAAAUACAGGAAAUAAAGAAAAAAUAUGGAUGCAUAAAUGAAAAUAAAAAUCCAAAUGAUUUUCAUUCAUUCACUUUCUACCGCUUAUCCUCGCGGGGGUGCUGGAGCCUAUCCCAGCUGUCUUCAGUCGAGAGGAGGCGUACGCCCUGGACUGGUGGUAGCCAGCCAAUCAC